UUUUGUUUUUCUUCUUGAUUAGAUAUUCAACCUGUUCCAACCUUCUAAAUAUGAUAAUGACCUUUAGGCUCUCUCUCUCUCUCUGAAAGAAACUAAAAGGGUUUUGAUCUGGUCCAUCAAACAACUAAUUAGGGCCAAACUUUCACGUAAUUAUGAUGGCAAACCGUCCCUCCCUAGAAUUCUUGCCUGGAGCAUCAUUGCUCUUUACAUUAGGUUGGUGAAAAGACUAUUGCCAAAUCCUUUGUCCAUCUUUUUUGUUUUCAGAAGGCAGAGACUACUUAAGUGACCCUGUUAGUGUUGUUUCUGCUAUCUUUACACAUCAAAUAGUGAGUCUGAGUCUGUGUGUGUGUGUGUGUGUGUGUGUUUGUGUGCUGGUGAAUAGAAUGGUGCAGUAUCAUCAAACUUGUAACUCAAGCAAUAAUUUGCUUUCACACCAUGGAAGCUUUGGCCAGGAGGAGCCAACUUCCCUGCAAACCCAGCCCAGCCUCCGGUCAAUUCCUUCUCUUACAUCUGAACUCCAGCUCCAGCAGCACCAGUUUCCAACUGCCCACCACCAGUGCAUCGCUACUCUAACGGGUCAGAGCUCCUAUACAUCCUCACUUUUUCUGGCAGGAAAGUUCCUUCUUACAGGAUCUUCUGACAAAGAAAUACGUCUAUGGAGGCGGAACGAUCUAAAGCCUCUUAAUCAAAAAUUAACUGGCAACGUGGUAACUGCUGGACAGGGAGCAGUAAAGUCCCUAGUAGUUUCAGCUGAUAAACUGUUUAGUGCUCAUCAAGAUCACAAAAUCCGAGUUUGGAAAAUCGACAGUGAUAAAGCAGAAAAGAAGAAGCUCACACAUCUAGCCACCCUGCCAAAGUUAAGUGAUCGUGUUCUCAACUGUCUUAACCCUAAGAACCAUGUUCAAGUCCGACGACACAAGAAAUGCAUAUGGGUACAGCAUGUUGACACAGUCUCAGCACUAGCCUUGUCAACUGAUGAGUCCCAUCUCUACUCGGUUUCUUGGGAUCGAACACUCAAGAUUUGGCGGACGACAGAUUUCAAAUGCUUGGAAUCAGUAGCAAAUGCACAUGAUGAUGCAAUCAAUGCAGUGGCAUUAUCAACUCAUGGGCACGUUUAUACUGGAUCAGCAGACAAGAAAAUCAAAGUAUGGAGAAAAGGCUUGGGACAAAAGAAGCAUUCUCUAGUUGCUACUCUGGAAAGGCAUAAAUCUGGGGUGAAUGCAUUGGCGCUAAGUGCAGAUGGGUCUGUGUUGUAUUCUGGUGCCUGUGACAGGUCUGUAUUGGUUUGGGAAAAGGAUGAUGGCAGUUGGAUGUUGGCAGUGGGUGCUCUAAAGGGUCACACAAAGUCCAUCCUAUGCUUGGCUGUAGUGUCAAAUUUGGUCUGCAGUGGUUCAGCAGAUAAAACAGUAAGAAUUUGGACAGGGGUUGAAAGAAGCUACUCUUGCUUGGCAGUUUUGGAAGGUCACACAGGCCCAGUAAAGUGCUUGACUAUGGCAAAAGAUCAUAGCAAUACAUCGGAUGCAGCUUCUUCAUUUCUCCUUUACAGUAGCAGUCUAGACUGUGAUACCAAAAUCUGGCAGAUAUUAACAGUUUACUCAGUAUAAAUUGCUAAAUGGCUCAGGAAUCUUGUGCACAAAAUCAAGAUACGCAUAUGUCACGUUCUUUAUUUCUUGUUGUGGUCUUUAGUUUUAACGUCUAAGUUUCUGCUACCUCUACCAAUUAAAAAUCAACACAAUCAAUUCAUAGUGAGUAUAUAUUAGAAGUUACUAUUACUAAA